GGCUGGUGCUAUCAGAUUGAAGUUAUCAGCAGUUUCCAAAGCCACGUCAUACCCAGAUCAAAGGAAAUGUCUGAACACUUCUGAAAAACAGUUGAUGCAUAUAAAUCUGUAAAGGGCUACAAAGCUACCAAGUUUGGGGGAGUAGUGAAUCAUCCCUGGAGCCUUCCUGUCAAAAGUUCAAAAAGCAAGGCCUAAUAUGAAUCAGGAAGUCAAAAAGAACCCUAAAACAACAUCCAGGGAUCAUCAGGCAUUUCACCUCAGGUCAAUAUUCAUGACUCCACCAAAAUGACCCAGGGCAAAAAUGGGAUUCAUAGCAGAUAAGCAAGGCAGAAACCACUGCGCACAAAUAUUGUGUGUCUUGGGUUUGCCAAAGAGUACAUGGAUGAUCUUUAAGAGUUCUCGAACAGUGUUAUGGACAGACAAGUCAAAAGUGGAACACGCUGGGCAACAUGUGCCCCAUUACGUCUGGCGAAAGUUUACAGAGAUGUAAAGAUUUAGACUGGCAUAGCCAAAGUCGAAACCUUAACUUUAUUCAGAUGUUGUGGCCAGACCUGAAAAAUACUUAAUGCUCAAAAACCCACAUAUGACAGAGUUAAAGCGGUUAUGCAUGAAGAGUGGGCCCAAAUUUCUCUAACACUCUGAGAGACUGAUAAAUAACUAUGUGAAGCAUUUGUUGGUAGUUAUUGCUUCUAAAGGUGACCUAACCCUUUGUUUAGUCUAAGGGAUUACUUUUUCACACGGGAGUCUUAGGUGUUGCAUAACAUUUGUUAAUUAAUAAAUUCAAUUAGUAGGCUAUCAAUAGUUUGUGUUGUUUGUUCACUUUUAUUUAAUCUAGGUUUUGGUUCAAGAUCUGAUGACAUUCAGCGCCAAAAAUGUGCAAUAUGUUUAAAGUCUGACGGGGCGGAUAUACUUUUACAAUGCAACAUGUUCUUAUGGCAUUAAACUGCUGUACUUUGCUAUUUACUAAGUACCACAGUCAGUAAGUUAGAUGUACCUUCAUAUGAUACGUACAAACAACUGUCUCUCUCUGUCAUGGCCAGAAGGCUUCCAUAGGAGUCAGUGCAGCUGACAGUCGCAAUACCCAGCGAAAGACGUUGCUGUCUUUUACCUUACGAUGCAUCAAGAUGGGAUAAAGAUACGUACAUACUAAACAAAUAAACGUUAACAUGACAGCUACAAAUACUAGGAGGUACAUAAAAAAAAGAUAUUGGAUAUUGAUUCACUGAUACAGAGGGACUCGAAAAAAACAUCUGUAAAUGGACAGUAAGACAGGUUGAUGUUUUUAGGGCAGUCUAGACAGUACAAACUAAAUUUACAUUUUGAUUAGUUUUCCACUGUUGGUUCCAAUGUUCUGCUUAUCAGAACACAGUGACAGUACUGUUCUCCCACCGGUUCUGUGCUCUAAUCACCAGUGAUGGCGUCCUUUGGAGCUUCAUAAACACUAAGAUUAGGUUUCUGGUUCUGACUCUGUGCCGUUCGGAUCCAGAAGUUCUUAAACGAGGUGAAACCUGUCCGCUGUUGGCUGGGUCGUAAACCAGAUAUACACAGCGAAUAACCAUGUCAUCUGUGUUGUCUGUUCCCUCAGGGCAUCUGCCUCUACAGGAUCUACGGAAGCAGGAGGAGACGGGAGAGCUCAUCCAGCCCGUGCUCUUUGUCCUGCUGGUCCUGGUGUCGGUGCUGCUGUACUUUGCCAUUUCACUCAUGGAUCCGGGCUUCGUCCUAUCUGACUGCAGCGACUUACAGUUUACCCUGGGUGUCACUGAGGAGACACAGGACAUGAUUCCGCCCACCACCAAGUCUCUACGGCAACGGCGAUGUGGUCAUUGUCUGCUCCAGCAGCCAAUGAGAUCCAAGCACUGUCAGACGUGUCAUCAUUGCGUGCGUCGCUAUGACCACCACUGUCCCUGGAUUGAGAACUGUGUGGGCGAGAGGAACCACCGCUGGUUUGUGCUCUACCUGGCUGUCCAGCUUCUGGUGCUGCUGUGGGGACUCCACGUGGCCUGGUCAGGCUUCACCACGGCACCCACGUGGCAACUGUGGCUGCGCCGUAACGGCGUGCUGCUGGGGGCAGCGGCCGUGGUGGCGGUGCUCUCACUGACCGUCCUCCUCCUCCUGGGCUCCCACCUCUACCUGGUCUCCCUCAACACCACCACCUGGGAGUUCAUGUCUCGCCACCGCAUCUCCUACCUCAAGCACUGUGGCGCUGACGAGAAUCCGUUUGACCGCGGCGCGCUGCGCAACCUCUGGGGAUUCUUCUGUGGCUGGGGCUCUGUGGUAUGGGAGCAGGUGUACUUCAGGGAGGGCAGCGACCCCAUCUGACCAGCUGAAGAGCAAAAAAAAAGAAAAAAACUAGCUGGUGUUUCCCGACAAUCAUUUUCUGUCCUUCCUCAAAUUGGGUUUACAUCCUCCUUUCCAGGGGCAUCUUUACACGAACGAGGUGUCCAAAUGAACUAUGAACUCCUCUAAUCACUGACCAAACAGAACCAGGAGUGGAAGGGAUUCCGGGCCAGUGGUUACAGUAAGCUGAUCUCACUGGAACUGACCCCAAUCCUGGUAUUUGUGUCAGAUGUGAAUAUCGCUUAGAUCCUUAGUUGGUGUUGAUUUUUUUUUCUUCUUCAAUCCUUACAACUUACCCUUGCCUUUUAAAUGCUACACUGCCAUCCACUCCGAUGUCAUCCCCUGUCCAUAUAAUUACUUGAAAGGAAAUUGUAGUACUGGGAAUUUGAGCUUAGUGAGAGAACUGUUGUGCUGGGGGACACAUUCACAGAAUACAUCAGUAAUACUAGCUCAACUUGUUUCUAGACUCUUACUCGUAGUUACAGAUACAUGCCAUUCACAUUAGGCCUGUGGUUUACUAAGCUAUUACAAGCUAUAAGCUAACACUGAUUAUGUACUGGAUAAAAGCACUUUCAUACUCUGUUGAUAUAAUACUGUAUUUUCUUGAGAGCAUGAUUUUAUUUCUUAUUGGUGUAUUUUCCCCAAUAUCGACUCAGCAUGAACAGAGCCUCUGUAGCCACUAUGUGGCUAAUUGACUCAGUCAGUCAGGUCCUUUAGGUUUCCAGAUGCAUAGUUCGUUUAGUAUUUUUGCAUAUUGAAACUUUGUUACUAGUAUCACAUUUUCAAAGAGUGGUCAACUGUAAUGAGGGUUUUACUGAAACUUUACAUAAAGGCCUUUCUGGUUUUAUAGUUGCACUGUAGCUCAAAGAGGUCUGGCGUCAAGAGUGUAAAUGAAAGCAAUGCAUCGCCAUUUCAUAGAUUCAUUCAAAAAUAUUUACAUAAGCGCAUGUAAUGCAAAAGGAUAGCAUAAAAAUGCAGAGAAUGGGGUGUAUCACAAGUGGUUUGAAAAAGGAUCUUGGGUAUAUAACCAUGAUUAUCACCCAAACGAACAUAUUUGAGGUCCUUGGCUGUUAUAACUCCAGUCAUGCUAUUAUUCUUAACAUUGUCAGGAGGCUAAUAGUAAAUAUUGCAUUCUUACAGCAAUACUAAAUAUUGAAAAUUGGUUUGGAGGCCCCCUGGAGGUUGUGGGGUCCAGGGCACAUUCAUGUUUGUCUGUUUGGUUAUCCAGGUUCUGCUAAUUAGUUUUAAUCACUUCACAUUUUCUGUUGAUAUGUCAUUUAACUAUUUGUUUGAAAAGGGAUUAGUUGCAUUCAUUUUUUUGAAAAAGAGACUUUAUAUUACAUAUGAUUUGUGUUUUGAAAAUCUUAAUAUUAUUAAUUUCUGUGUCAGGUCUAGGUUUGGAAAUGCCCUUGUAUUUUAUGAAGACAGUCUCUUUUCAUGUUAUGAUGGCUGAUAAUUUGUUAUAUUGAAAUAGACAGUAUAUUUAAUAUGUUAGUAUAAAGAAAAACAACAUAUAGAACAAAUACUGAUUUUUCCCUAAUUUAUUUUUAUUGCUUGACAAACUUUUUGAACAUCCAUUUUGAAUCAGUUUGCAUGAGAUUUUUAGAUUUUAUUAACUUUAGGAAUAAUCCUAGAGGAUUAUAAUAGGGAAUACAUACAGUAUCUUAAUUAAAAUAGAGUGCAAUGUGUGGAUGUUUCCUAAGACCUCAUUAUCCUCUGUCCAACUGUAGGAAAGCAUUGAAAAAAACAGAAAUAAGCAAUAAAGGUAAUAGUGUCUACUUUUUGAAUAGUAUCUGAAAAUCUUUGUAGAUCUUUCAGUAGAAUUGAAAGAUGAUUGAUGUGAUUUUGUAUACAUUUGUUUGGUUUUGUAUGUGCUGAUUUCAGUGUGAACAAAGUCCUUCAUGCAAUAUGUUUUUUAAGAAAUUGUUGAAAAAUAUAUGCCUAUCAAAUUCGAUUUGAUGGCUUAUUUCUGAAACAUACUUCAAGGGUCCAGUAAAUAUAUUUAUUAAUUUACUUUUCCUUCAUGUUGUGUAUUUGUCUCAUCUAUAGAUAUACUAUUGUAUGACAGUGUAUCUCACCGCAUAUACAGUAUUUUGUAGCAAAGCAUGUACAAUGAUAUCAUACAAUAUAUAGGUUGCAACAAACUGGAACAGAAUUAAUGUUUCUGUAGGAACACGAACAAACUGUAUAACCCUUCCAAAAGUUGACUUAGAAUAACUAGUAAAAAUACAAAAUA